AUGCUGCUCGCAUUUAAUGCUAUUAUCUUGGCUCUUGCCUUUGCGGUAGUCGCUAAGCCAAUACAAUUUCGAAAAGCUGUCAACCGGUUAAUAAAGAAGUUGAGAGCCGCCACGAAUGGCUUCGAGAAGGCUGCCUUACUCCCUAAUGAAUUCGACGAAGUCUCGCUGUUCUCAGACUCGGACAAUGUGGAGCUGUUAACAAAAACUGAGCUUGAAGCUCGAUUUGAUGAAAAUUCUUGGCAAGGUCUUGCGUACCAGGAUUUUAAGAACACAAUAUUAGCCAAGGGCGGAAUGAAGACCUUUCCUUGUGUAUACGCGACAAUGGGUUAUCGAGCAGACGACCAUCGCUACGUAUUCCUCGAGUCAGACGAUCCAUCUGAGCCUCGCAACGUUCGCAAAGUAGCCUUAUCUCUAGCCGAGUACCUACGCAUCUCAACCUCCCUGGGACCAAACACAUCUCUCGUUAUCAUUGGUGCCGCCUCUGAGAAACCGCGGACUGUCGAAGAGCACAAUCGCACUUUCUGGGACAUGCUUCGAGGCCUUCGCAUUUGCGAUCCGAAAGCCUGGCCAAAGGAGAUACCGCAAGACACAGAGGACGCUAAAUGGACUUUCUGUUUCAACGGAGAACCAGUCUUCCCCGUCAUGUUGACGCCUGCACACCAGGAACGUUGGAGCAGACACAUGAGUGUGCCAGUCAUCGCCCUUCAGCCGAAGUGGGUUCUGGACAACCUACUCGGAACUCCAGAGAAACGAAAGGCUGCGCAAAGCAAAGUUCGGGGCUUGUUGCACAAGUACGACACCGUCGGCAUCAGUCCAGAUCUGACGGCUUAUGGUGCGGAUGGCAGUAGUGAGGUUCGCCAACUAUGCUUGCAUGAUACGAACGAGUCUGUCCAAUGUCCAUACCGGAACUUUGACAGAUAG